AGAGCCCUGAAUUCAGAAGAGUCUGUUUUGUUUGGCUUAGUUUUCCAUGAUAAGGGUCCCUUUAAAUUGUCAAGCUGGGAAAUAUCCCAUCAGUUUCGCUGUGUGGAUCAUUGGGGAAAGUUCUGUACCGUUGCAGGCUGUAGCCUGAGGGUCUGCUGAGGGUGUGUGUGUGUGUAGUUGGUGAACAAGCCCUGAACUUCAUCUGGCUUGCUUGUGGUGUCGAUGACGUGGAGGAGCUAAAGUCAGGCUAACCUGCAGCUGUUUUCCGCUGCGGACACACGGAGAAAGAAAUAAAGUGUGUGGCGUCAGAGUCGCGCUGCUGUUUCAUAACUCUGAUAAUAAAUGUCACUGUGUGAGGAAUAAGGAGAAGGGGUGGAGACAGUAACUACCCCGAAGUGCUGCGGUGCAUCCGGAUAACACUGGAUCAGGGAAAAUGCAAAGCAGCUUGUCAGUCUCUGACAGUGAUGGUUCUUCGUUUGCCCCCCUGGUGGUGCUGGAGUUGGCCGAGAACACUGAAGCAGAGGCCAUCACUUGGUUACUAAACAGAAUAAAAGACAAGCAGCAAAAUGGAGGAGCUGAAUUGCUGGUAGAGCAGCUGCAGGUUAGUGGGCAGGAUGAGCAGAAGAGAAGUCCUAAAGUGUUCCUUGUGGGCUCUACCUGGCAGAGGCUCCUGAGUGGGGCGGAGGAUGUGGGACUUUUUAAAGAGUUUUAUGAUGGCACCAUGCGAGGAUUCACAUAUGCAAACCGAGAAAGCUUCAAAGACUUUGAAGGUGAUGGAGAUGGCUUCCUUAGCAUUGCAGAAUGUCAGUACAUUAUCAAGCAUGAGCUGGACACUUUACGGGCGAAGGGUGAGAAGUAUGUUCCUGGGUACCCCAAAGUAAAACUAUACCCUGGAAAAUCAGUCAUCCGUAGGUUACAGUCCAAGGGGAUUCUUGUCCAGGUUUUCCCUCUCCAUGAUAAAGAGGAGCUGAAGAGACUCUCUUUCUCUUGGUACCGAAAGAUCAAGCUGUCCUAUCAGCCGCUGGAUGACAUCAGACAUUACUUUGGUGAGGGCCUGGGGCUCUACUUUGGUUUUCUGGAGUAUUUCACAUUUGCCUUGGUGCCAAUGGCCUUCAUUGGCAUUCCCUACUACCUCUUUGCUUGGGAGGACUACGAUAGAUAUGUUCUGUUUGCUGUCUUCAACCUGCUGUGGUCUACUGUCUUCCUGGAGGUAUGGAAGCGAUGCAGUGCACAGCUUGCCUACAGAUGGGGGACACUGAGUCGUAAGAAAGCCUUUGAAGAGCCACGGCCGGGAUUCCAUGGAGUUCUUGGAUUCAAUCCAGUAACAGGCCGUGAGGAACCCGUCUAUCCUAAUACAAAACGGCAGUUAAGGAUAUAUCUUGUGUCCGUCCCCUUUGUGCUGCUGUGCCUGUACCUGUCUCUCCAUGUGAUGAUGAUCUACUUUGACAUGGAGAACUGGGCACUGAGCAUUUAUGAUGAAGACCCAAACUUCUGGACAAGUGUGCUGCUCUUCAUCCCGAGCAUAAUUUACGCAGUGGUGAUUGAGCUAAUGAAUUUACUGUACCGCUACGCAGCUGAGUUCCUCACGCAUUGGGAAAACCACAGGCUAGAAUCGUCCUUCCAGAAUCACCUGGUGCUGAAAGUGUUGGUGUUCAACUUCGUCAACUGUUUUGCCUCUUUGUUCUAUAUUGCCUUUGUAAUGCAAGACAUGGUGCUACUUAGACAGAGCCUUGCCACUCUGCUUAUCACCUCUCAAAUCCUGAACCAAGUGAUGGAGGCCUUCCUGCCUUACUGGCUGCAGAGGAGACGUAAUAAGAAGGUCCAUAAGCGAGUGAAGAGGAUGAUGGGAGAUAAAGAGCUCCCUCUAGUGGAGCAGAUCCAGUUGGAGAGUGACAUGAACACCUACUUGGGCACAUUUGAUGACUACCUGGAGCAAUUCCUGCUGUUUGGCUAUGUUAGUCUGUUCUCCUGUGUGUAUCCUCUGGCUGCUCUGCUGGUGGUGCUCAACAACGUCACAGAGGUUUACUCGGAUGCCUUUAAGAUAUGCCAUGUGUUCAAGCGGCCAUUCUCUGAGCCUACUUCUGACAUAGGAGUGUGGCAGCUGGCAUUUGAGACGAUGAGUGCUAUUGCCGUGGUGACCAACUGUGCCUUGAUUGGUCUGUCUCCUCAAGUGAAAGCCUACUUCCCUGAGGCAGAGACGCAGCUUAUUCUUACUGUGGUGGCUGUAGAGCACAUUAUUCUGGCCUUCAAGUUCGUCCUGGCCUUCGUUAUUCCAGAUGUGCCCAAGCACAUCCAGAUCAAGCUGGCCAAGCUGGAGUUUGAGUCCCUAGAAGCACUAAAGAAAAAGAAAAUGCUGGAGGCCGCAGAGAUCCCAAAGACCGAUAAGUGACGAGGGGCAGGGAGGCCAACAGCAGCACAGACUCUGAGCAUGCAGAUUUAAAUCGGCAUAUGAAGAAGCUGCCCUCAGGUGUUUACAUACAGUGUACAAUCGAGCGUUACAUAUAACCAAGCACGAAUAUGCACUGCUGGCAAUGUCCUUCACGAAGACUGCUUACUUUGCUGACAACGCAAGCCUCUGGCUCUCAGUUCGUUUACUGCAUCUUAUCUGAAACAGUUCCAGUUUGAGCUUUACUCUUUAAUUAUUGUCUCCAGGUGAGUUUAACUGGGUUGUAUAUGGAGCUGAUUUUAAAGGAUGCUAAAAUGCAUGUCCCUGAGAACUUAUAAAAGAGUGGGCAGUGCCUUUAUUCAUCACUAUAUCAGAUCACACGCAUUACUGCUUCUGUGUACUAAUGUCAUGUGCACACUACAUGGUACUUGAAGCCAAGAAGACCUGAUACUCCGUUCUCUGAAAAUAAAUAUCCUGUUACAAAAACAA